GUUUUAUCGUGUGAGUGGAUAACGUCUACAUGCUGUUAAAAUAUUCGAAAUAUUAUUUCGUUUUGAAUGUAAUAUAAUGUAUGUUUCCGAUCUAUUUUAAAUCACGUACCAUGUGAGACUAAAGAGUAGACGCGAGAGUCGGCCAUCUUUGAUUUCAAAACAAACCGGGAACGUUAGCGUUUCCCUGAUAUUUGUCUUGUUUUCUGUGUCAAUACUAAGAAAAGAUUGAAGUUACAGUAUUUAAGAUUUGAAUCAUGCCUGAACCAAAUGAGUAUAAACUGAGCCAGUGUCCUGACGAUGGCAUCUCGGCUGUUAAGUUUGGUCCCAAUACUUCACAGUUCUUACUGGUAUCAUCUUGGGAUUCAUCAGUGAGGUUAUAUGACAUCAAUGCCAACAUUAUGCGCACAAAAUAUACUCACCCUGAGCCUGUUUUAGAUUGCUGUUUUCAUGACCAGACUCACACCUACAGUGGUGGCUUUGAUCGCAACUUGAAAAUGUUUGACCUUAAUUCUAACACAGAAACUAAUGUUGGCUCUCAUGAUGCUCCCAUUCGAUGUGUUGAGUUUUGUCCAGAAGUCAAUGUUAUAGUCUCUGGAAGCUGGGAUCAGACUGUUAAGCUAUGGGAUCCCAGAGCUCCAUGCAAUGCGGGAUCAUUUUCGCAACCAGACAAGGUGUACACAUUAGCUGUUUGUGGUGACAGACUUAUAGUGGGCACAUCUGGUCGCAAAGUCCUUGUGUGGGAUUUGAGAAACAUGGGAUAUGUUCAACAGAGGAGAGAUUCCAGUCUGAAAUACCAAACAAGAUGUAUACGAUCAUUUCCCAAUAAACAAGGCUAUGUUCUGAGUAGUAUUGAAGGCAGGGUAGCAGUGGAAUAUCUGGAUCCCAGCCCAGAAAUACAGAAAAGGAAAUAUGCAUUUAAAUGUCAUCGUCUCAAGGUUGAUGGAGUGGAGCAGAUCUACCCAGUGAACGCUAUAUCAUUCCACAGUGUACACAAUACCUUUGCCACUGGUGGUUCUGAUGGCUUUGUCAAUAUAUGGGACGGUUUUAAUAAAAAACGUUUAUGUCAAUUCCAUCGUUAUCCUACCAGUAUUGCAUCGCUCUCAUUCAGCCAUGAUGGAUCAGUGUUGGCCAUAGCAUCAUCAUACAUGUAUGAACUUGGUGAACAAGAACAUCCAGAGGAUGCUGUAUACAUCAGAAAAGUUACAGACCAAGAAACAAAACCCAAGUAAAGACUGUUGGUGUUAUGAAUUUACUGGACUAGAAAAAGAAAUACUGCCUGCAAUUCAUUUGAUUUUAGUGAUACUUUUAAAUCAUUGUUGUCGACAUACACCACAUGAAGAUUUAGAGUCGGAUGUUAAUGAGGACAAAAUGGGUGGGGGGUUAGGAUGUGUACAACAGUGCAGGUUUUUAAACACCAGAGAGCAGGCUGUACAUUUCGCACACAACAUAGAUGGGCGGGUAAAGAAGUCUUUUGUUGAAUAUUUUAUCUAUCCGUACAAGAAGUAGUGCAUAAUGCAUCAUGUAAACUGAAAUUCAAUUAAAUGGUAAAACUCAACAUGUGUAGAAGCAAGACAAUUCAAUAUUGAGGGGAGAAAUCUCAAUAUUCUAAAUUUGAGUGAUUCUUUGCCCAUAUUCAUACUUUAUAUAAAAUAUGUUCACAUUUUACUUGCUUUUUAUAUUAAAUAUAAUAAACAUUCUUUUUUUCUACUUGA